UCAAAACUUCUUCAGAAGGGAAAACACAUGUCAUCUUCUCCUUGUUGUUGAAUAAGAAAGGGAAAACUGCUCUUCAUUUUUCUCUCUGUAACAAACUCUUCUUCUCUCUUUAGAAACCCUUUUUCGAGAUUGCUAGUCUUGAUACUCGCGUGCACCAAUAGUUACUGUUCAGUUGCAGUUACUAAGGUAAUCCGUUAUGUUUGGACGGGGUGCAAGGAGGAGUGAUAACUCCAAGUACUAUGAGGUUCUUGGUGUUUCAAAGAAUUCCAGUCAAGAUGAACUUAAAAAGGCAUAUAGAAAAGCUGCUAUAAAGAAUCAUCCUGACAAGGGUGGUGACCCUGAAAAAUUCAAGGAAUUGGCUCAUGCAUAUGAAGUUUUAAGUGAUCCAGAGAAGAGAGAAAUUUAUGAUCAGUAUGGUGAAGAUGCGCUUAAAGAAGGAAUGGGUGGUGGUGGUGGCGGUCACAACCCAUUUGACAUAUUUGAGUCAUUCUUUGGUGGAGGUUUUGGUGGAGCUUUUGGCGGUGGUGGUAGCUUCAGAGGCAGCAGAAAGAAACAAGGUGAAAAUGCGGUGCACACUCUACGGGUUUCUCUGGAAGACUUGUACAGUGGCACAACCAAAAAGCUCUCUCUUUCACGGAAUAUAUUGUGCCCGAAGUGUAAAGGGAAAGGUUCAAAGAGUGGAGCCUCUGGAACAUGUUUUGGUUGCCAAGGUACUGGAAUGCGUGUCACGACAAGACAGAUAGCCCCAGGAAUGAUUCAACAGAUGCAACAUGUUUGUCCUGAAUGCCGAGGCUCAGGAGAGGUUAUAAGUGAGAGAGACAGGUGCACUCAGUGCAAGGGAAACAAAAUUACACAAGAAAAGAAAGUAUUGGAAGUGAAUGUUGAGAAAGGGAUGCAACACGGUCAGAAGAUUGUUUUCGACGGGGAAGCUGAUGAAGCUCCAGAUACCAUCACCGGCGAUAUUAUUUUUGUAUUACAACAGAAGGAUCACUCCAAGUUCAGGCGAAAGUCUGAUGAUCUUUACGUGGAACACAAUCUUAGCUUGACAGAAGCUCUCUGUGGCUUUCAAUUUGUUCUGACUCAUCUUGACGGCAGGCAGCUUCUGAUUAAAUCUAGCCCCGGAGAAGUUAUAAAGCCUGAUCAAUAUAAGGCAAUAAAUGAUGAAGGAAUGCCCCAUUAUGGGAGGCCAUUCAUUAAGGGUCGGCUUUAUAUCCAUUUUAAUGUGGAAUUUCCAGAAUCUGGAUUUCUUUCCCCUGAGAAAUGCCGCAUUCUUGAGACUAUUCUGCCACCAGGGAAGCGCGCGUCUGAUAUGGAGUUAAAUGAUUGUGAGGAAACCACUUUGCAUGAUGUCAACAUGGAGGAAGAAAUGAGGCGCAAGGAGCAGCGACGCAGGAAAGAGGCUUAUGAUAUGGAUGACGAUGAUGAGCCAAAUGUGCAUCGUAUGGCUUGUAACCAACAAUAAAAUCUUUCAGAUAAGUGGUUUUUCAUAUAAGUCCCAAUUUUUGUCUAUGCUCCGUUGGCAGUUUGGGUUGGGAAAAACAGGCUUUCUUUUAGUUCUUCAGUUUAAUAUGUUGGUCUCACUUUUGUAGUCCCUUCUAUUUUUGGUCCUAAAAUUCAUUCGUCAAUAGGGCUCUUUGAGCUAUUAUUAUUGAGCA